CUUCUUCUCCCCCUUGGCAAUCUUUCCUCCUCUCUUUCUCUCUCCUUUUUUUUUUAAUUUUUAAAAUAAAGCCACAGCAGUCGAAGAUGGAUGUCUCGUUUUGUCCGACCAAAUGUAGUUUUUGGAAGGUUUUCUGGCUCUGGAGCAUUUGCGGGGACUACUUGGUUUCCGUUUUGGGUUGCCCUGCCAACUGCCUUUGCAACAAAACCGAGAUCAAUUGCAAAAAACCGGAUGAUGGCAACCUCUUCCCUCUGCUGGAGGGGCAAGAUUCGGGAUCCACCAAUGGAAACGCCAGCAUCAACAUUACGGAUAUCUCUAGGAAUAUCACUUCGAUAUACAUAGAGUAUUGGAAGAAUUUGCAGACUUUGCAUGCCGUAGAUAUGGAGCUGUACACGGGACUCCAGAGAUU